CAAACAUGAAUAGAAAUAAAGAUUUUCUUAAAACAAAUUCCAAGAUUCGUAAAAAUCCAGAACUGAAGCAGGAUUAUACAAAACUUAAUUCGCCCAUUGCAAAAUUUGAUUCUGCAGGUAACUUAUCAUGCGUUUUAUGUAGAAUACCCAUAAAGGUCAAUGUGUGGAAAGUACACCUGAAUUCAAAGCAACAUAAACUCUCCGUGGAAUUAGCUAAAAAUCAACGAAGUGAAAUUGGUAUAAACAAACCCAACAAGCAAACCACAAAAUUGAAAGUAUCAAAUUCAGCAAAUUCAACGAUAAAGUCAUCAAUUGAUAGAGCGCCGGAAGUAUCGAAUCUUAUAGGCCUUCAAGAUGCUAUUAAAGUGAAGGAAAAUGCGGACCAAACUAACACCGUACCUAAUGCACUCCCUGAUAAGUUCUUCGACGUUGACAAAUCUACCAAUGUUUAUGAAAAUGAUCGAGAGGCCAAUAUGGAAUGGCAAAAAUUUCAGCGUGAAAUCAAAGAAGUUGAUGCCAUUUCGAAUAUAAUAGAAACCGAAGAACAGGAUAGUACUAACAUAAAGAGGCACUUGAAAGAAAUUGAUGAACAACUUGAGAAUUGGAAGAGAUUCAUCAAAAUAAAUGAUAAGAAGAAUACUAUGUCAUCAAAGAAACGCAGACCAAAAACGUAUAAUCCUGAUUUCGAAUCAAGUUCCAGCGAUGAUAGUUUUACAGAUAAUUUACUGGAUUGGAGAAUAAAAAAUAUUAAAAAAAAACCAAAAAUUUCCUAGAAAUCAUUGUUAAAUCUAAACUAAAUAAUAAUAAAGUCUUUGUAAGAAAAACUUAGCUGUACGCUUAUAUUGUAGCAAUUAAAGUGCAUGUUUUCAUACAAAGGCCAGUUUAUUCUUUUAAACAGUUGACAGAGCUUAUGGUAAUUGAUUUAUAUCAAAUGUAAAUCUGCGUAAUUCAAAUUGCUUGGCAUAUUGUUAUAUUAGUGUUG